GCCCGGGGCCGCCGCGGGCGCGGCCAUGUGGGCGCUGCGGGCUCUGUGCCUGGCCGGGCUGGGGGCGGCCAUCGGCGGCGGGGCGGCCGAUCAGUGCAGCUGGAGGGGCAGCGGGCUGUCACAGGAGGCUGGCAGCGUGGAGCAGCUGUCCCUGCACUGUGCCGAGGGCUCGCUGGAAUGGCUCUACCCCACGGGGGCCCUUCGCCUGCGCCUGGCCCCCCGCCUGCCCCCCACCAGCGCCGCCGUCAAGGGCGGGAGCCCCCCACACGUCACCGCCUGCAUCAAACCCACCGGGACCUUCCGGGGGGCUCAGCUCUACCUGGAGAGGGAGGGGGUGCUGGAGCUGCUGCUGCCAGAAGCCCCCCGGCCCCGCGCCCGCUGCUUCAGCUGGCUGCCCCAGGAGAAGGUGGCUCUGUUCCUGCAGGCCACCCCGCACCCCGACAUCAGCCGCCGCAUCGCCGCCUUCCGCUACGAGCUGCGGGGGGACUGGCUGGCCCGCCCGGCGCUGCCCGCAGCCAGCCUCGGAGCCGAAGGUGCGUGCCGGCCGUGCAAUGACACCGAGAUCCUGAUGGCCAUUUGCACUAGUGACUUUGUGAUCCGCGGCAGCAUCAGGAGCGUCUCCAACGAUGCAGAGCUGCAGGAAUCCAUCAUCGGGGUGAGCGCCACCCGCAUCCACCGCCAGAAAUUCCCGCUUUUCCAGGCGGGCGGGCGGCCGGGGCGGCCGGUGGGCAGCAUCCGCACCCCGCUGCGCUGCGGGGUCAAGCCGGGCCCCGGCACCUUCCUGUUCACGGGGUGGCUGCACUUCGGGGAGGCCUGGCUGAGCUGCGCUCCCCGCUACCGGGACUUCCAGCGCAUCUACGAGGGGGCCCAGCGCACACGCCAGAACCCCUGCGAGUUCCCCGUGGACUGA